AUGAGGAACUUCAUUGCCCUCGCUGCAUUUGCUGCUGGCUCUAACGCCCUCGUUAGCCGCACUGAUAGCUGCUGCUUCCACCUCACCUCUUCCGGCGGUGCCUCCGGUAAACUUGGCCAGCUGGGUGAUGGCCAGAACCGCAUUGGCGACGAUAGUUUGCAACCCGCACAGUACUGCAUCGACUCUAAUGGCGCCAUCACCGACUCCAAGGGCCGUGGGUGCAUCCUCACCCCUCCCACCACACAACUCCAGUGUGAUGAGGGUGUGACUCCUACCCCCGGUUUCUCUAUCAACUCCCAGGGUAAACUGGAGUUCCGCAGCAACCCCGGCUUCGUUGCAUGUGCCACGGGCCAGAACGGUGGUCUGAAUAUCUACACGACCCCCAACAAGAUGGAUGUCACUGGCUGCGUGAACGUGGAGAUGUCUGCCGACUCCUGCUCGGGCACUGGUUCCGGCCCCGGUGCUCCAGGUCCCGCUCCAGGCCCUGGCCCUGGCGCUGCUGCUAGUGGUGGUCCUGGAGGUGGUGGUGGCCCUGCUCCUAGUCCUGCUCCUGGUCCCGCUCCUGGCCCUGGUGCUGGUGGUGGUGGCCCUGGAGGUGCUCCUGGUUCCGCUCCUAGUCCCGCUCCUGGUCCCGCUCCUGGUCCCGCUCCUGGUCCCGCUCCUGGCCCUGGCACUGGAGGUGGUGGUGGCCCUGCUUCUAGUCCUGCUCCUGGUCCCGCUCCUGGCCCUGGUGCUGGUGGUGGUGGCCCUGGAGGUGCUCCUGGUUCCGCUCCUAGUCCCGCUCCUGGUCCCGCUCCUGGUCCCGCUCCUGGUCCCGCUCCUGGCACUGGCCCUGGCGCUGCUGGUGGUGGUGGUCCUGGAGGUGGUGGUGGCCCUGCUCCUAGUCCUGCUCCUGGUCCCGCUCCUGGCCCUGGCGCCGGAGGUGGUGGCGCUGGAGGUAGUGGUCCUGGAGGUGGUGGUGGUGGCCCUGGUCCUGGUGCUAUUCACACUGCCACAACCACUAUCACUGUCACUGACUGUAGCUGCCCUACCUCCGGUGCUCCUGGUCCUCUGCCCUCCGCCCCUGGUGGUGGUGGUGGUGGUGGUGGUGGUGCGCCGCAGCCCUCUGCUAGUAUGCCUGCCCCGUCUGGUGGCGCUGGUAUCAAGCCUUCUGUUACACAACCUGCUCCCGCCGGCGGCGGCGGUACUUCGCAGCCUGGUGCCUCUGCUAGUGUGCCUCCUGGCGGCGGUGGAGGCGGCAGUACUUCGCAGCCUGGUGCCUCUGCUAGUGUGCCUCCUGGUGGCGGUGGAGGCGGCGGUGCUUCGCAGCCUGGUGCUUCUGCUAGUGUGCCUCCUGGCGGCGGUGGAGGCGGCGGUACUUCGCAGCCUGGCAUCUCCGUUAGCGUGCCUCCUUUCUCCGGCGGUGGUAGUUCGCACCCUGGUGGCUCUUCUAGCGUGCCUGCUCCCACUGGCGGUGGUGGUUCGCAGCCUGGCGUCUCUGCUAGCGUGCCCGCUCCCACUGGCGGUGGUAGUUCGCACCCUGGUGGCUCUGCUAGCGUGCCUACCCCAGCCGGUAGCCCACAGCCAUCUGGGUCGGCUUCUGUUCCCGCUACCUCCGGUGUCCCUCGUCCCACCGGCUCCCCCACUGGCUCCCCCAGUUCAUCCGUCCCUAUUAGCUCUGCCUCUCCCACCGCAUCAGCGACUGGCACUACCUCCGGCGGUGCUUGUCCCACUACCCUCUCUGGUAAUUACGAGAUCCCCCACCUUAUUGUCGAAGUCGACUCGUCCUCGCCCGACACCACCGCAGGAACUGGCCUCAACGGUACCGUGACUUCGACCAUCUCGACCUUGUUCAACUUCGACAUCCCGAACUCCGACGCUGGCAAGACCUGCAGCCUUGUGUUCCUCUUCCCCAAGCUUGAGGAUCUCGAGACCUCGUCUUUCAGCUUCAGUGGUGAUGGAAAGAUUGACUUCGCUAAGCUCUCUUCCACUGCCGAUUCCUCAACAUCCUUCAGCAACGUGCCCUCGGUGGCCCAGGACCUCGGCACCAUCGCCGUCUCCCCCGGCAACUCAUACGUUGUCUCUACCUUCUCUUGUCCAGCUGGCCAGGCUGUCGCCUAUGAGAUGAAGAACGCUGGCAGUACCAACUUGAACUUCUUCGAGGACUGGAACCCCUCUCCUCUUGGCCUGUUCAUCACCACUUGCUAA